UAACUGGAGCUAAACAAUAAUGAAAUGGUCAGUUCCACCCACUGUUCCGAAAACGCCUGCAGGUAUAAAACACACAUGUUUACACGCUGCAGCUACAGAAGAACCGACACAACAAAAUGCAUCUUGUCCUCCUGGCUGCUACGCUGGCUCUUGCAGGUGCACACCCCCUACACGACCCAAAGGAGUGCCAGCCUCACUCCAGACCCUGGCAUGUUAGGCUCCAGGGAGGAGCGUCCUGCAGCGGAGCACUCAUCAAUGAGUGGUGGAUAGUGACCUCCUUCAGCUGUGCACUAUCCUCCUACAACACGAUUGUCUCUCUUGGAGAACACGACAGAACUGUGGAGGAAGGCACAGAGCAGCGCAUUCCCAUAGCCGACGUGAUCCUCCACAGUCCCUACCGCUCACCUAUCCAUAGCCUCGCCCUGGUGCGUCUGGCCGAGCCCGCCCGCAUCGACCAGUACGUCCAGCCCAUUCCUCUGCCCAGCCGCUGCCCAAAACCUGGGGAGACCUGCUCCGUCAGCGGCUGGGGCUCCACCACAGCCAACCAGUACGAGCCCUCUCCAAGACUCAAGUGCAUAACUGUGCCCAUCGUGGAUGAUCUGACGUGUGUGAACACUUUCCCUCCUUAUCUCUACUGGGGCGUUAUGGUCUGCGCUGGUCAAGCAAACACAGAUAACUGCCUGAGUGACGACGGCAGCGUGAUGGUGUGCGGUGGCGAGCUGCAGGGCGUCACAUGGUUCAAUCACGGCUGCACAAACGCAGCUCAUCCCACGGUUUACACCAAGAUGUGUGACUACAACGGUUGGAUCAAUGAAGUGAUGGAUCAGUACGCACCAACCGAGCUUCCAUCGACAACGUUUAGCGGCACAGAGGCGUGAAGCUUUUAAUUCACCAACGAGUCUGACGAGACUGUCAUAAACCAGGUGGAAUACUUGAAAUCAUUUUAAUCAACAAUGCCGUGUUAAUUCUCACACAACAUUGUGAAAAUAAAUAAAAUAUGUUUUUCAAGUUC